AUGUCCAAAUCCCCGGUUCCCUCUAUAACCCUAGUCCAAGAUCUAGGUGUCUCUGGCGACUGCCACUCAGGAAAAAAUCUCCGCCAGGUGCACCUCGUCCCGAUGGAGAGCCUACGCCAAGUAUCCGCAAAACUCGAGGCUUCCGCACCCGUUAAGGCUGGGGAGAUCGGCGAAAACGUGACGACGGAGGGGAUCGAUCUGGGCGGUCUUCCUUGCGGGACGGAGCUGCAUUUCGGUGAUGGAGCAGUCGUGGUGUUAACGGGAGUGAGGGAUCCCGGACCGGGGAUUGAUCGGUGUCGGGCUGGAUUGAGGGAGCAUUUCUUGGUGAGGGAUCAGAAUAAGAAGGUGGUGAAGAGGUUGGCGGGGGUUAUGGGGACGGUUAAACGAGGAGGAGAGGUGAAGCCUGGGAUGCAGAUUAAGGUAGUGAGGUCCGUGGGGAUGGAGGGUUUACCUAUUGUUUAG